AUGAAAAAAACUUAGGUGAAUGGCUUUAGAGUGAAUAAUAGCUAAUCAAAAAUAAGGAAGGCAGGAGAGCUGUUAGCAUCUUUGUAGUACAGUAUCAAGUGUAAAUCUUAUACGCCACAACCCAGAACGAUAAAAUAAAUGACUCCUUAUCCAUUAAGACCUCAGGUGAAUUAAAAUAGUAAUCCUUUGGUUUAACCUCGAAAUCCUUAUAAUCGCCAAACCAGUAUAAAUUGUCAACAAAGACCAUCGCUGUUGUCAGUCAUAACAUCAGAUAGUAAUGUAAGUGCUGAUGAGGAAUACGAAAUUUGGGAUAAUAAUUAAGAUUUGCGAGUAAAGAAAAUGACAAUGGAAGAAUCGAAACCUUCUGUUGGAUAAUUUUUAUAAUUGUACAAAGCAAGAUUUGGAGGUUUCCCAGGACAGUAGCAAUACAUAAAAAAUGAGGAAGUCAUCAAAGUCGCAGUUGGAUACGCUUCGACUGACAGACAACUUUUUAAAAAAUACUUCCCUUAGAAAUAAAUUGUGUUUGAAGAUGACACUGAUUAUUCACAACCCUACAAUAUAGAGGAUGAUCACCAUUUUCAGAGUUUCCAUAGUUUUUUUUAAAAUAAGAAGUCCAACACUCUUCUUAAAAUAAACACCUCGCGUAAUUGA